AUGGCUCUCGGAAAAGACCAGACCUCGCUAACAAACAACGAAGUAGACGAGGCUGCGCCAUCGCCCGACCAUGACCCGCUCACAGCACCGCUCAAGCGCAAUCUGCACUCGCGCCAUCUGCAGAUGAUCGCCAUUGGGGGAAUCAUCGGCCCCGGGUUGCUCGUUGGCUCCGGAAAGGCCUUUAGCGAGGGCGGGCCCGCCGGAGUGCUGAUCAGCUUCUCGCUCGUCGGGGUAAUCGUGUAUUUCGUCAUGCAAGCCCUCGGCGAAAUGGCGACCGCCAUCCCUGUCACGGGCUCCUUCACCGAGUAUGCGCAGCGCUUUGUUGACGACUCCCUGGCGUUCGGGCUGGGCUGGGCUGGGCGUAUUGGCCCUCGCAAACGAAUACAACGCCGUCUCCCUGGUCAUCAUGUACUGGACCGAAACGGUCCCGCAGUGGGCGUGGAUCCUGAUCUUCUGGUUUCUGUUCCUGGGGCUGGCGAACGUUGGGGUGCGCGAGUAUGGCGAGAUGGAGUUUGGUUGUCGCUAAUCAAAGUCCUCGCCCUAAGCGUCUUCUUCAUCCUCGCCAUCUGCAUCAGCACCGGCGAGAUCGGCGGCGAGACCAUCGGGUUCAAGUACUGGCAUGAGCCCGGGGCAUUGGCGGACUCGAUCAAUGGCGUUGCGAGGACGUUUGUUGUCGCUGGGACAUUGUAUGCCGGGACGGAGAUGGUCGGCAUCACAGCCGGCGAAUCCAGCGACCCGCAGAGGGCCGUCCCCCGCGCAAUUGGUCUUCUACAUCGGUAUCCCUUACUUUCCUCUCCCAUUAAAGUCCUCGCUAACAACAAUACCUGCAGGAACAAUGUUCUUCAUCGGCAUCCUAAUGCCCUACACAGAACCCGACCUCCUAAACUCCAACUCCUCUUCCUACGGCGCAAACUCCCCGCCCCCAAUCGCGCUCACCUCCGCCGGCAUCCUCCCAGCCGCACACCUGAUCAACGCGCUAAUCGUAGUGAGCGUGCUCUCCGCCGUAGUCGGGUCCCUGUACGUUGCACACGCACAGUCCUCUUCCUGGCGCGCACGGGCAAAGCGCCUAGAUUCCUAGGCCGGACAAAUGCCGCCGGCGUGCCCUGGGCCGCGAUCCUCUUCAGCAAUAUCUUCACGUGCAUUGUUUUCCUGACACUAGACGAGAGCGCAGGUAGAGUCUACGACGCAUUGAUCACGCUCUCCGGCGUCGCGACGUUCCUGGGGUACACGGCGUUUUUGAGCCCGUUUCGUGCGAGUGAUUUUGUGGUUAGUUAUGUUCUUUUGCCGGUUUUCGGGCUGUUUGUGGGUGGGUGGAAGGUUUGGCAUCGCACUAGCAUUGUGAGGGUGCAGGAGAUGGAUAUUUGGACGGGGAGGAGGGUGCGUGUGCCGGAGACUGGGGAUGAGGGGAAGGGGUGGAGGGGGAGGGUUUAUAGGGGUGUUGUUGGUUGA